UAUCGGUUAAAUGAUAAGUGCAGAAUAUUGUGUCAUGCACGGUUGUAAAUAACUAAAACAGUAAUACUUUGACACUAAAACAUUAUUAAUUUUUAUUUUUAUUAUUAUUUGGAGUUUGUAGAGUGACAGAGCCUACUGCAUAGGUGCAAAUUACAAGCGGUGGAACACGGAUUACCGAUCUAUAUUACUCUGUACUCGGGUGUGUAUACUAUACAGUAAACAGUACAUUACUAUCCGAACUCAUUGUUAUACAAUUUUGGCUGUCUGAAUACAUUUUAGAGUUUGAUAUUGUUUUGAAUACCUCAAUCAUCAUCCGUCUACAAUUUUUUGAAAUACACUGUCACACAUUUUGAAGUAAAUAAUGGCAUCUUGGUUAUUUGGAGUUUCUAAAGUAACUGCUGAACAGAUUGUUGAUACAAAAGACACACCACCAGUUCCAACUGCAGUGAACCCAGAACCUGUGAAAACUUCAUCCACAGAGCCUCAAUUGCUUUAUGAUUUAAAACCAUCUGAACCAAAAACUUCUGAUAUGAAGCCUACUAGUAUGCUGGACAACAUACCAUUUGUUUUAUCUAGUCAAAUUAAUAUGACUACUAACAACUAUAGUUAUAAUUUAGAAUCUACUAAAAGACGUUUGUUAUCUUUAAAAAAAGCGCUUGAAUCAGAUGCAUUUAAUUAUGAUUUUUCAAAUGAUAAAAAAUUGGUGAGCGAUACUUCAUUGUAUGAAUCUUAAAACAUCACUGUAUAUAAUACACUUCAAAUUAAUUUAAAUUACAUUUGUAAAAACAUGUGAAUAUGCUUCUUAUGU